AAAGUGGCUGUAUUGUAUUGAUAUUUCUUUAUUUUGCGUUGUUUAGUUCAUUAAAGAAGAGUUUCUAAUGAUUGACGUUGUUAUACAAGACUAUUUACAAGUUCUCUGAACUUUAAAGAUUUUGUAAACUUCUGACAAUUUUUCCAUCAUGGGUCGUUUCAUGUUUAUCAUUACUUUUAUGUACAUUUAUAAAAGUGUUUGGUGCUCUCUUGACGUGUCACUUGUAAACGAUGGUCCAGCCGUUCGUGGGUCGAAUAUAACAUUCACCGCAAGAGUAAAAGGAUACGGUGGAGAAAAUCUUAAAUAUGUAUUUUGUGAUGAUGUACAACCGCAACAUGAACAAGAGUUUCAAUUAUCAACAAAUGAGUCGAAGUGGACUGUGGAGUACCCUAAAGAGUUGUAUGAAGCAGGAGAAUAUGUAAUGAGAGUGAAGCUGAUGAAAAGUUUUUAUGGUAUUUGGUAUUUUGUUACAUCAGCAAGCUCCACAUUCAGGUUAACAGAUUCACUAAAUGGGAAUUUAGUGCUAAAUCAGGAUAAUCUUGAGCGUCCAAAUAAUUUUGUGGCUGUCAAUAAAACUGUACUGCAUUAUAUAAAACUUCCAGAUAAUGAAAUGGAGUACUUAAAAAAUAAUGCUUCUACAAUUAUAACGUACUGGUUCAUAGAUUGUAUUUAUAUAGACCAAACUACGGAUCUAUCUUUAAAUUACACAUACAAUGAUUUGAUGGCUGAUCACUAUAUUGAUGCAUUGGUUGUGGCAAACAAUUUACCAUUGCCGCCAGUAACAACAACCACCACUACAACAACAACAACAACAACCACAACUACUACUACUACUACUACAACAACAACAACUACUACAACAACAACACCUAAACCACCUUCAACAACAACAAAUAAUGCAACACUGAGUACUACUAGUAUUAAACCAAUACAAUUGGAAACAACUGAAAGUUCACCCAUCCAUAAUAUUGUAAAACGUAUGAUCACUAAUAGAACAACUAUGAAGAGAAAUAAUUCAACAAAAGACUAUAUCUGUCACAACUCCAGUAUUGUUCCUAUUGGUAAAUCAUACACAUAUGGUCACUAUCAAGAAACUAUAAGUGUGAGAGAACCAAUAUCAACUGUCAAUAUAACUGGACUCAAUUGGCUUCAACACGGAGACUUGCUUAACUUGCAAGUAAAGUAUACAGGCUCCCCACCUUUUGCCUAUUGUGCUUUAUAUAAAGAAGGGCAAUAUAAUAUAACGGGAAAUGAGACAUGCGUUUAUAAAUCCUCAACCCUUACUAAUGCAUUCCCUCUGGUCCACUAUUUCUCGGAUUGUGAUCAGCAUACAGUUGUGGUGGUCGUCGAGAAUGAUAUGGGAAAGACUGUUUCAAGAGCAACUAUCAAUAUUUAUAAAGCUACUGUCCACGCCCAAUUAUCAGUAAUAGUUGUGCCUGUGGUAUUUUGCUUGGUAGCUGUUAUUUUGGUAGUUUUCGGCAUCGCCUACUAUCAACAUAGAUCAAGAUAUACAAUAGAAGUGGCUGACUUUGAAUUCGGUCAACAAGCUCACUUAGAUUAUAAAACGUUCACGGAGAGACUCAGAGAUAGUUUUAGGAAUGCAUUCGACUUUAGACAGAGAAACGAUAAUGACCCGCUCACUUCUGACACCAGGUAUGAUUCCAUGUAGGUAUUGAACGAAUGAAUGAUAUGUAAUGAGUUAU